AUGGCCACCCGCAACGGCGCGCCCGCCGACACAGUGGCUCCCGGCCACGCCGACACGUCCAUCACGAAGGAAGGCUUCAAGAUCACCACGCGCAAGCUGCCCAUCCUCAAAGCCGGGCCCAUCGACGAGAUGACUAAGGCGCUGGGCAUAACACCGCCCGAGAUGAUCUUCGGUGACAAUCUCACGCGCAUCGAGCACGCCGCAAGCGGGUGGUCGAUCGAGUUCAACGCCUUCGAUGCGCUGGACCGCGUCGACAAGACGGGCGAGCACAUGUUCAAGGUGUCGUACUCGAAAGAGUGGCAGCAGAACCGCCAGAAGCAGUUUGAGGAUAUCAAGGAGGUGGUCAAGCCGUUUGACUGGUCGUACAGCACAGACUACAAGGGCACGACGCCGGAGACGCCCAAGUUGGAGCCUACGACAACGCCUAUACCGCUCGCACUCUUGCGCAGACCGGACCCGAUACAGUUCUUCGACGAGGUGGUGCUGUACGAGGACGAGCUGGCAGAUAACGGUAUUGCGAUGCUGUCGUGCAAGAUCAGGGUCAUGCCUGCGCGCUUACUGCUGCUGGUGCGCUUCUUUAUGCGUCUUGACGGCGUCGUCUUCCGGAUACGCGACACCAGGGUGUUUGUCGAGUUUGGCACAGCCGAGGUCAUCAGGGAAUACACAGCGAGGGAAGAAAAGUACGAAGAGGUCAGGCGGAAGCUGGCAGGGAGGAAAGAAGACGUGCUUGCCAUUAUGCGCGAUCCGAAUCGUCUGGCAGAACAUAUACCCGUCGUUGAGCAGACUCUGGAUGGAGUGAAGCUGAAGUGA